CAGCGCUGGUGACGUAGAGAGGCGGGGCUUGGUUCGGGCGGUCGGCUCCCCAGCUUUAGGCUCCUCAAGGGAGCAGGAGGGAGGAGGCGGCGGCAGCCGCGGGAUCAGCGGCAGUUCGAACCCUGCUCCGGGCCUGGCCCUCGCCUAGUGCUCGGCCCCAGCGCCUGCCCCGGCUUCGGCUCCGGGGGAUGCCCCCGGUAAGUCCGCCCUCAUGGCCGCCGACGUCUUCAUGUGCUCGCCCCGCCGGCCUGGCGGCGGGGCUCGUCCGGUGCUGCUCAAAGCGCCGGCUCCAGACGACGACGACGACGACUCGGACACCGAUGAGCCCGCGGUCGCCGCCACCGCCGCCGCCGCGGCCCCCGCGGGCUCCGGCCCCUCAAGCGGCCCAGCCAGGCCCCGGCCCGGCCCUGCCGCCACAGCCGGCGGGCCCGACGACGACGAGGACGACGAGGCGGAGGACGAGGAGGGGGCGCCCGGGGAGCGGCGGCGGGGCCGGCAGCAGAUUAUCCACAGCGGUCACUUCAUGAUGUCGUCCCCGCACCGCGAGCACCCGCCUAAGAAGGGCUACGACUUCGACACGGUCAAUAAGCAGACGUGCCAGACGUAUAGCUUUGGCAAGACCAGCUCGUGCCAUCUGUCCAUCGACGCGUCCCUCACUAAACUCUUCGAGUGUAUGACCCUGGCCUACAGUGGGAAAUUGGUGUCUCCAAAGUGGAAGAACUUCAAAGGAUUAAAGCUGCAGUGGAGAGACAAGAUCCGACUCAAUAAUGCCAUCUGGCGGGCGUGGUAUAUGCAGUACUUGGAGAAACGGAAGAAUCCUGUGUGCCACUUUGUGACUCCAUUGGAUGGCUCUGUGGAAGUGGAUGAGCAUCGCCGGCCAGAGGCCAUCACCACCGAAGGGAAGUACUGGAAACAUCGAAUUGAGAUUGUGAUCAGAGAAUAUCACAAGUGGAGAACAUACUUCAAAAAAAGGCUACAGAAGCACAAGGACGAGGACCUGUCCAGCCUGGUCCGGGAUGAUGACCUGCUUUUCUGGCAUAAGAGUGGGGAUGGGUGGGACACCCCAGUCCCCAUGGAAGAGGACCCACUCUUGGACACAGACAUGCUCAUGUCAGAAUUCAGUGACACCCUCUUUUCCACUCUUUCAUCGCAUCAACCAAUGGCUUGGCCCAACCCACGGGAAAUAGCACAUUUGGGAAAUGCAGACAUGAUCCAGCCUGGGCUAAUCCCUCUACAACCAAACUUUGACUUCAUGGACACAUUUGAACCUUUCCAGGACCUGUUUUCAUCCAGCCGCUCCAUCUUUGGCCCUACACUUGCUGGACCUACUGUUUCAACUGCAACAGACCCCAGUAGCCCACCAGCACAGGGGCCCAUCCUGUCAGCUGGUGCUCUGCCUACUGUGAGCCUCCCUGACAGCCUCAUUGUUACACCAGGGCCAGCCUCCCUAAGCCCCACAGAAAGGCGAAGCUGCGAGCGUGGGCCCCGACUUGGGGGCCCUUUCAUCCAGCCCACAGACUUUGGUAGCCCUGAGCCACAACUCAGUGGUCCACAGACUUUCCUCUCAGUGUUUCCAGGUUCCCUGCUCUCUCCCAGUCCAGCACCAACACCAUCUUCACCUGCAAUGCCAUUAGUGCCCUCUCCAGGGGCCACUCUGAGUGCCCAGGCUCCAUCUACUUUUCUACAGUCACAGAAAUUUGAAGUUGGCAAGUCCUCCUCAGUAAUUACCCAUACAGCCUCAGCUACACUCACCCAUGAUGCCUCUGCAACUACUUUCAGCCAGAGCCAGGGACUUGUGCUAACUGCACAACAGCCAGCCCCACCAGGACCUCCUUGUAGCUUGACAGUGCCUCCAUCAGUUGGGCCAACCCAAUCUCGCCUGACUUUUGUUCACCCUAAAUCUGUGCCCCUGGCUAGUGGACGGGCCAAGCAACCCCCUAAAAUAGUGCCUGCUCCCAAACCUCCUGAGCCUGUGUCAUUGGUGUUAAAGAAUGCUUAUAUCACCCCAGCUGCCUUUUCAGGACAACCCCAAGCAGUGAUUGUGACUCCUGGCCUUCUGAAGAGAGAAGGGGUAUUGACCUCUACCAUAUCCCAGCCUAAUGUAGUCAUCGCCAGGGCUCCUGGUGUCACUGAAUUCCACAGUGGCAUCCUGGUUGCUGCAGACCUUGGCCAUGCUACCAGCAGCCAACCAUCCCCAGCCUCUCGGCUCUUCUCCCCCAGUGCUGUUCAAGAUUCCUUGGUGAAGGGUGAGCAGAUCUCACUGCAUGGAAGCAGUUCCCAGAUGGCCUCUCCAUCUUCUAGCAGAGACUGCCCAAACUCUGGCCAGGCCUCUCCUUGUGCAUCAGAACAAAGUCCCAGUCCUCAGUCUCCGCAGAACUGCUCAGGGAAAUCUGCUACAGACCCUCCAAAUGUGGCUGCAUUCAAGAACCGAAGGAUGAAGCACAUCUCAGCUGAACAGAAGAGACGGUUCAACAUUAAGAUUGGCUUUGGCACCUUAAACAGUCUGAUCUCCAACAACUGCAAACUGACUAGCCACGCAAUCACACUGCAGAAAACGGUAGAAUACAUUGCCAAGCUUCAGCAGGAGAGAAGCCAGAUGCAGGAUGAAGCCCAGCGCCUUCGAGAGGAGAUUGAGGAGCUCAACACCACCAUCAUCUCCUGCCAGCAGCAGCUCCCUGCCACAGGCGUCCCUGUUACCCGGCGCCAAUAUGAUCACAUGCGGGACAUGUUUGAUGAAUAUGUAAAAAGUCGAACUCUACAGAAUUGGAAGUUCUGGAUUUUCAGCAUCAUCAUCAAACCAUUGUUUGAGUCAUUCAAGGGGAUGGUGUCCACCACCAACCUACAUGAACUCCACCAGAGUGCCCUCUCCUGGCUGGACCAGCAUUGUUCCCUCCCUGUUCUCAGGCCAAUGGUUUUGCUCACCCUCCGCCAGCUCAGCACUACAACCGCCAUUCUCACAGACCCAUCCCGGUUACCAGAGCAGGCAUCGGAGGCUGUCACCAGAAUCAGCAAGAGGACGGGGGACUCACAGCAUCCUUGAUAGCUCAGGGAUCGAAGGUGCCUGGUCCUUUGGCUUCUUCCAGAGCCCAGCUUGAUCGUGUCCCUUAGGACUUGCCUCUGAUAAUGGUGGGCACUUUCAGCAGAAAUACCAAGCUCAGGGUUGUAGCAGGUUCGGGUCCUGCCAACAGCAAUAGCCCAUCUGCUGGAACAUUGUGCUGAGUGACUUCAAACAUCAGCCUCCCUGGGAUUCUGACAGUGAGAGCUGGUCCAGAAAAAGGGAAAUGUCUGGCUUUGAUCAGCUCUUGCCUUGUUGCCGAUACCUCCUUCCCUCCAGACUGGCUGCCCCGGACGGCUGAUGGUGCCUGCACGAGCGGAGGAGUGGAUGGUUUCAGGAUGCUGGAAGGAAGGUUCCCGUCCUUCAGAUGAUUAAAAUCUUCAGGCACCCACCCCCAUUUCCAGACUUGGGGGAUUGGUUUUUGUCUGCUUACAUUGUUUGUGGUUGUAGGGAAGGGUUCUAACUUCUCUCAUUCCACCUCUCCUCAUGUAGCAUUUGGAAGAUGUCUGUGUGUCUGCUUACAACAUGCAGGUAGUGACUGGCACACCUCUGUGGCUUGUAAAUACACCUAAACUUCUGUGCGGGCGGCGGCGGCGGCUGCUGCUGCUGCUGCAGGGCGCCUGCUUUACUGCAUGGCAUAAGCUUCGGGGGGGAGCGGGAGGGCAGUGCCUUCUUUAGAGAACCCUCAGACUCCCUGAAGAACCAAGGCAUUCAAGGGACACGGCUAUCCAAGACAUGAAAAGCUGCGGCCCCCGUCUGGACAGUGGUUGGUUGGGAGAGAUAGCAUGCAGUAGAGUGACAUAUGUAGCAUCGUGGAUUUGAGAACCAAGUGGCUGGGACUAAAGAACCUGGUAGGUGGGAGCCGCUGUUUCUCUGCUUCCAAGCUAAAGGGAUGGGAGCGUUUUCUAGAUCACACUUGAAAAGCCUCUGGGUCCUGUAUUCUUGCAGUUGUCUUCAUUCUCAGCCUAGCCUCUAUCAUUACUCAGCUUCCGGGAGCGCCAAAUCCUUGAUUUUUGGACCAAAGAAAUGCCUGUAAGCAAAGUCUGAGGAAAGGGAACCUCUCCAGUCCACUGUGGGAGCCCGCGAUUCUUAGGUUGGAUGGUUCUUUGGAGGCCUCUCGAUUGGCCUCAUGGAUUAGGAGAGAAUUCUAAGUACCUGGUUGAAGUGAAGGGGAGGCCUCAGAAAGGAAACUUAUCAAAACAAAGCUCUGGAGGUACUUUCCUUAUCCAUUAAUAACGGACUAUUUCAGUGACUUAGCAUGCAUAUUAGGCCCCAUGAGCAAGAAUGGCCCCUUUUGCAAGUGAGUGGGUCUUUCUGAGUACAGAAGAAAGCCCUUAUUAGGACUGAAAGCAUCGGAAAUGCUUCAAUUCCAGAAGCUUUUGCUGCCUCGUUGGUCUGCCUCCGUUUAGGCAGCUUCCUGAUGAUAGCUGAAAAUUUGCAGCAGCCUCUCGCUCUCCGUGUCAGAUUUGGCCCCUGCGGCUCUCUCCUAACUAGAAAAGGGCAAGAGAUGAAAUCGAUUUCACAGCCUGGGAAAAUGCCCCUUUGCUCCCCUUUUUAAAUGCGUCAGACGUAUGGUCACAAUCCUCUCAGAAUGGCUGUAGUGAUUAGGCAGCAAGCAUUCUUGGGUGGCUGUUUGGGGCAGAGCUGAACUCGAGUCCUGGGCGCUCUUCUAAGGCUCCUCUCAUCCACAUUUCCUUUGGAUUAUCAGUAGAACCCGAGUCCAUCUCACUUCUGCCAUUUCUGGGCCCGUAGUGAGAUCCUUGGGGAGGUACCCAUCCUGCAUCUGGAAUCGAGGAAGGUGCCAGAAAACUGACAGGAAGAGACUCGAUGAGUAUUUCUGGAAGCUGCAAGGGAGAGAUGGGCAUGGGAGAGCCUGAAAGGUGCGAUCUGUUCCAAGCACGGAACCCAGUUCCCAGAGGAGCUUAGUCCUAGGACGCCCCUCAGACUGGGGUAGGAAAGGGCAAGGGUUCCUCCGCUGACAACUGAUUCAAUUCGGCAGGAGGUCAGAAGGGAGUUUGGCCUCCUGCCUUUCCAGAUCUUAUUGUACCUGUCGGAUAAAGCGCAGGAGUGAGGUUUAAGCUGCUCCUUGAAGUUUUCACUCACAAAUCUACAGGCAACAGGCUCAAAUCUUGUGCCUCACAGCCUGGCGUUAGUUGUCAGAGUGAGAAAGAACACUCCCUGGGUGUAAGCCGUUUGUGAGCUCCACCAGAGUCAAAAGGAAAGCAGUCUUGGCUUUUGUCUUAACAGCUGAGCCUGUUCUGGCUUCCUGGGUCAUUGGGGAGAGUUGCAGUGUCCAUCAGCGCCGCUUGCUGCCCUUCUGUGCCCUUGCUCUGGAGAGCAGAGCCAGGAACCACCAAGAAAUGGGGAACUAGGAGAGAGUCGGGGCUGUUUAAGACCUUUUUGGAAUGUGAAUUUGGCAUCUUGCUUUAUUGACCUGCCUCUCCUUCUGCUCAAUCAGUGUUCUUGAAAUAUUUAAGGCAGUAAGUAGGUUAGGUUAGACUUCAUGAAGUGUAUUUGUAUGUGAAUGCUCACAGACUGUGUAACGAGGUGCAUGUUUUUAUUGUUUACCCAUUUACUUAAAUGCAUUUAUUCUGGUGCUUAAGACUUAACCAUGCGUCCUGGGAACUCAGAAGAGGUUUCUGGCCCUGGAAGUGUGUAGAUCACCUCUGAUUUGGUCUUGCCAGACCAAGCAAAUGGCCUGAGUCUUUUAUCAACUUGCCGGGCAGGGAAUGGUUGGGAAAAUUCUAGAGUUUUGGUCUACUUCAGGAGAAGGUCUGGGGGAAACCUGGGGUUCUUUUAGCAGCUGCCCAGGAAAAUGGCCAGAAAGCAAACUCUGACCUUCUUUCCUUGGUUUGUUUACUCCCAUUUUCCCUCGCUCCCCUCGUCCUAAAGAACCAGCCGAGUCCUCUGAGGGAAGGAAAUCAGCCCAGAAAACCCCCUCCUCCCCACAAAUCUCAGAGAGUGCUUUUCUCUCCCCAUCUCUUUGAUCAGCAUUAUCAGGGCUUGUUUCAUACUGAGCAUCGGAAAUGUGAAGAUGUCGUCUGAAGUGGGCCCAGUGGGGUUUUCUGAGCAUUCUGACUUUCUGCACCCCCUCCCACAUCCCUUGCAGAUGGGGUUACAUAACCCGAAGGAUGUUUUGCUGCCUAAUUGGGGUUGCCUUCAUCUUGCUACAGGGUGGUGCUUGGGUUCCUGCUUUCCACAGCACACAUACAAGUAUUCAUGAGGAGAGGAUUUCACUGAUGGAAAGCUGUAGGUAGAAAAGAAGGAAAGCUUGGGAAGAAAAAAUGCCUGGUGAUGGCAGCAGGAGCCUGGCCCACCCCGGGGUGCAGGCAUUAGGUGUCAGACUUAUCUGACAGGGAGGACUCCGCUUGGUUCCUUUCAUCCCCUCAAAACUCUGUUGUAUUUUAUCAGUUCCAAGGCAGAAGAGGGAAGAGGGCUAGGCCUUUGGAGUUCAGUGACUUGCCCAAGGCCACACAGCUAGGAGGUACCUGAGGCCAGAUUUCAGCCCAGGUCCUUCCUCCACAGCCCGCAGCUCCCCAAGUUGCCCCCACUCUGGAAACCACGUCUGUUUUCUCCUUUCUGAGACCAGUGACCUUCGGAAGUAGUCUCUGUAAUUCAGGGCCGAAGCAAGGCUGGUCUCAUGGUGCAUGCCAGCUGGGCUGAGCAAGGAAUAACAGCUACUUUCCCCAAAUACUCAAUACUUGCUGAUGGAUUUUGGAAAAAGACUGGUCCAAAUGUCCCAAAACUUUCCCCCGUUCUCCAGUGGUACCGACUGAGCCCUCUUACUUACCCUCCAAGAGUCUCCAGAUCUCAGGAAAGUUGGUGGUCUCCCUGCUUCCUGGGGAUGCCCCUUGGUUAAGUAGGGAAGGUGCGCCUACGUCUGAGGGGUUGCUGGGGAGCCGAAGGGGGCUGUACAUGGUAACAGAAAGUGGCCCUCCUUUUCUAUAGGCUAAGACAACUUUAGUUGGCCUCUUUGCCUCCAGGAGGUUCCAGCCUUCUUCCCUAGGGAACAGGGAUGAAAUGCUAAAAAAAAAAAAUCCAGGGAUGCCAGAUUUCUCCUGUUAAAUUUUCUGUCUUGGGUGUUGACUGACCCGGCAAGACUUCUUGGUGUGCCUGGAGCCCAGCCCCACGUCUGGAAGAUAGAAGAGACGGCUCGAGUUUCCACUGACGUUUGUGGGCCCGUCCCUGGUCAGGCGAGUUCUUCCUGGGUCCAGAGUAGGCUCUGAGGGCUUGCGGCACGGUCUCGGCACUCCUGGUCUUUCUGGACUCCCUUCUUUGCAGCAUCUUUGCCAUCGGGACAGGCAGAUUCCAAACCGCCACUGAAUGUACAGCCACCGGCAACGCAAAGGGCCUGCCGACUACCUACCUCUCCUGGGCUGGCCUCCUCCGCUGCCGCGACAUGGAGCCCCGGGAGCCCCCGUGGUCUUCUGUUAGGGAGAGCUCCGGCGGGGGUGGGGGGGCGCUUCUGGAACUCGUCGCAGUGCCUUCACCGCCCGCCGGGGACGCUGGAUCCUCACAGCCGCCUGCCAAAGGCGCAGCAAGUAUUACCCCCGUUUUACAGAUGAGGAAAUGGAGGUCUUCAGGACAGACAAGCCCGGCCGCUCCUUCUUGUGGCGUUGGUUCAUCAUUCCGGCUGCUUGGGUUGAGGUUUUUACUUCAUCCACGACGGCCCAGGAAGUUGGGCUCCGUAUCUGAAGGAUCGAGUGGCCCCGCCUCGAGCGAGGGAGGCUCGGCCCCGCGGCCACCUUCCUAGCUCCUACCAAGUGGGACUUUCUCCUAGCUGGUGCUCAUGAAAAUCGACUUAGGGAAAAAAGGGAAAAACCUUCGCUUUUGAACGUCUUUUUGUCUGUGUAGUUCAUGCCAAUGGGCUUUUCUUUGUGUGUGACGCCUCUCCUUAUAGUCACCGUACCCCCAAGUGUAGUUCCUCUCCCCGCUUGGAUCAGUGAGUCUGAAAUCGGAGCAUGAGAGACAUCUGCACACUCCUUUUUGCAGGAGAGAUUAGCUUUCCCCGGGCCUUGGCCGAAGCUGGAAUUGUAGCUACUUCAGCAUCGGGACUAGAGCUCUGGGCCGAAAGGGACCUUAGAGGCCUUCUAGUCCAGCCUCCUCAUUUUACAUUUGAGGAAACUGAGGCCCGGGGAGAUUAAGUGACUUAGCCUGAGCCACAUAGUAAGUGCCAGCCCACGAUGUGAACCUGGGCCAUCCCAACCAAUAGUCAGCUCAUAAGCCGGGAUGAUCGGACAGCUCUCCCCUUGGGCGACGGCUCCCGGUCUGCGGUGCUGAUUCCGGAGCCUCGGCCACCAGGCUCCCCGGACCCCCGUAUCUAGCGAUGAUGAUUUUUUUUUACAUUUCUGAAUUGUUCUGAAGCAAAAGGAAACGUGAAUCCAGUUGCUUUUACUGUAGCACCACAGUGUGCCGUGGGUCCCCUCUCUGGCUUGGCUCGUCUAAAUGGCUUGCUUGAGUUGUGUUCGUUACUUGUUGUUUGUUUCAGUGAUCAAAUUGACUUGUGCUCGAACCUCAGAAAACAGAAACCUCCCUGUCCCGUCUCUGUGUGGAAGGCAGCCUUCCUCUGCCAUACAGCACCACCUCCAUGUUUCCGCUCUCCAAAAGCACAUUUCCACCAGCUGUAUUCAACACUACAAUGCAUUUUUUUAUAUAUUUGCAGCCAAAACAAUAAAAACUUAUUUUUUGGAA